GCCCUGGCGGUUCCACACUUGUGCGCCAUACGCGGAUGAUUUAGGCCCCAUCUAUCGUGAAGGCGGCGCACUCCGACAGGCGCUCCGCGCCCGGCGGGCCGCUGUGGCGCAGCGCGGUGCCGAGCGACGCGCGGCCGCUCCCGCCCCCGGCGCUCGGCACAGGCGCGGCUGCGGCGCAGGCAGCGCCCGGGCCGGCCCGGCGGCGGACAUGCCUCUGGCCAAGGACCUAGUGCACCCCUCCUUAGAGGAUGAGAAGAGGAAACACAAAAAGAAACGUCUUGUGCAGAGCCCAAACUCCUACUUCAUGGAUGUAAAAUGUCCAGGAUGCUACAAGAUCACCACUGUCUUCAGCCAUGCUCAGACAGUAGUUCUGUGUGUAGGGUGCUCAACUGUCCUGUGCCAGCCAACUGGGGGCAAAGCCAGGCUCACAGAAGGCUGUUCAUUUAGAAGAAAGCAACACUGAACAGUUCAGCAUGUGAUUUUUGGAUCUGUGUUCCUGAAAGCCUUACCAGUUUAAAAAUGCCUGUUACAACAACAAUGUAAUUAUGAUUGAUUUUGUACAAAUUACAUGCUACUGCUGACUAAUCUGCUGGAAUCUCUUUUUCAAUAAAUGAUCUGAAGUGCAAGUUCUUCCUGUAAGGUUGCAGACAACCGAGCUCUAUUUUUAUAAGUUUGUUUGAACAGUAAAAACCUUGGACUUCCUGCAUCCUUCCUUGCUAAUCAUAAACUACAGCAGUGGAAUGCAUAUAGUGACAGAAACUGCUUUAAAAAUGCAUUUUGUGUAUUUUAUUACUGCAGCUACUGUAACUGCAAGGGUUGCAAAAGCUAGAUAAGAUUUUAAAUGGCUCAUUUGCUUUCAAUGUUGCUGUAGUCCCUCCCCGCUCUUGGGUAAUAUGGUGAUAAAUAAAAAUGAAAAGUUA